ACAUGGCGGAGUGAGGCAGCUCCGUCCUGGAGGAGAUGAUGAUGAGUCCUCUUCUUCACUACUCUCUCCAACAUCCAACAUCCUCCUCUUCUGCCUCUUCUAUCGCUCCUUGCUAUACACCCCUACCCCCCUACUACACUAUCAACAUUUAGCCAACACAUGCAUGCAUGUGCACGGUUUUCCCCCUCACACCGUUUUUGCCCGCCGUCUGGAUGUAGGAAGGAAAAGUUUGUGACAGCUUCUUUCUUGUGAGUGACAGCAUUGACCUACAUCGCACACCUGUGUGAAGGUGUCUGGGUCGUCUGACCGACUGGAGCGCCUCCUUCCUCCCGGCUUCACCUCACCGAGCCCGGGCAUCAUGAGGACCUGGAGGCGGCGGAGGAACUUUGCCUUUCUGCUCUUCGCUCUGCGCGUCUGGUGCCUGCUGUCCACUGUCCAUGCUGACAACACGGUUUACAAUAUACAGGAGGAGGGAAGUAGUCCGGAAAAGGCUAAACAGCGAGGGGGAGCAACCAAACCAGAACGCUAUGGGACCACAGUACCUCUGCUGCUGAAGGGCAAGGAGCGCAGACCUUUCUUCCAGCUCACAGCCGGGGGUUAUCCUGCGUCACUCCAGCUGCUGGUACGUGCGGAAGGUGAGCAGCUGAUCCUGUUGCUGGAGAAAAAUGAGGGUCUUUUUGCAGGCCAUUACACUGAGACACAUUACCAGGAGGAUGGAAGUGCAGUCACCGGUAUUCACAACUUCACGAGUAACUGCUACUACCAUGGGGAAGUGCAGGCGCAUCCAAACUCCGAUGUCACCCUCAGCACCUGCAAAGGCCUUCGAGGCUUCAUCGCACUUGAAAACAAGACGUUUAUCAUUGAGCCGGUGUCUGGAGAUGACAACGGUGCCCACUUCAUCUACCGAGUGGAAGAACUCACGCUGACCCCAGGAGCCUGCGGCCACGGCUUCAACAUGUCCUCUGUUGCCCCUGAAAACCACAUCAAAAGCCCCUUUCAAUCCUUCCACACGAGGCAUAAAAGGCAUACCCAGAAGACAACCAAGUACGUUGAGCUGAUCAUUGUUGCAGACAACAGAGAGUUUCAGAAACAGGGGAGGGACGUGGAGAAGGUGAAACAGAGACUGGCAGAGAUAGCUAAUUACGUGGACAAGUUCUACAGGGCCCUGAACAUCCGGGUGGCCCUGGUGGGUCUGGAGGUGUGGAGUGACUCUGAUAAAUGUCCCAUCACCCAGGAUCCCUUCACCACCCUGCACGAGUUCCUAGAUUGGAGGAAAGUCAAACUGCUGCCCCAGAAGCCUCACGACAAUGCUCAGCUCAUAAGCGGCGUUUACUUCCAGGGCACCACCAUUGGCAUGGCGCCCAUAAUGAGCAUGUGCACAGCUGAGCAGUCUGGAGGCAUUGUCAUGGACCACUCUGAGAACCCACUGGGGGCAGCCGUGACUUUGGCCCACGAGCUUGGACACAAUUUUGGGAUGAACCACGACACCCCAGAGCGCGGUUGUGGCUGCAGGAUGACCGCUGACCGUGGAGGCUGCAUCAUGACCCCCUCCACCGGGUAUCCAUUCCCAACAGUGUUCAGCACAUGCAGUAAGAAGGACCUUGCUGCCAGUCUAGAGAAAGGUGUGGGCAUGUGUUUGGACAACAUGCCUGAGGUCAAGGUGCUCUAUGGCGGCCAGAAGUGCGGCAACGGCUACGUGGAGGAGGGAGAAGAGUGCGACUGCGGGGAGCCAGAGGAAUGUAUGAACCCAUGCUGCAACGCCACCACAUGCACCCUCAAGGGAGACGCGGUGUGCGCCCACGGACAGUGCUGCGAAGACUGCAGGCUGAAACUGGCUGGCACCCUGUGUCGAGAGUCCAGUAACUCCUGUGACCUGCCAGAGUUCUGUACUGGUGCCAACCCUCACUGCCCAGCCAACGUUUAUCUGCAUGAUGGGCACGGCUGCCACAGCGUCGAAGGCUACUGCUACAACGGCAUCUGCCAGACUCAUGAGCAACAGUGCAUCACCCUGUGGGGACCAGGAGCCAAGCCUGCCCCUGGGAUAUGCUUCGAGCGAGUCAACUCCGCAGGGGAUCCUUACGGGAAUUGUGGGAAGGACUCCAAAGGCUCCUUUGCCAAAUGCGAUGCGAGGGAUGCAAAGUGUGGUAAAAUUCAGUGCCAGGGAGGAGCCAACCGGCCAGUGAUUGGAACAAACGCUGUUUCCAUUGAAACCAACAUCCCGCUACAAGAGGGAGGGCGUAUUCUGUGUCGAGGAACACAUGUCUAUCUGGGCGAUGACAUGCCUGAUCCUGGACUGGUUCUGGCUGGUACAAAGUGUGGAGACGGCAUGGUGUGCCUGAAUCGCCAGUGCCAGAAUGUCAGUGUCUUUGGUGUGCAUGAGUGCUCUGGGAAGUGCAAUGGACGUGGGGUGUGCAACAAUAAGAAGAACUGCCACUGUGAAGCACACAGCGCCCCUCCGUUCUGUGAGAAAGCGGGCUUUGGUGGGAGCAUCGACAGCGGGCCAAUGAGACUGGCAGAUGUGCGUGUGUGUGUAUUAAUGUGCGUGUUGUCAUAUGUGGCAUCAGCCGACAGCGUGGUCAUAACUGUGGCAAUCCUGGUUACCCUGGUCAGCCUCCUGGUAGCCACCGUCGUCAUCUUUCUGAAGAGGAAGAGCCUGCUGCACCUCCUCUUCACCAAUAAGAAGAGCACCUUGGAGAAACUCAGAUCUGUGGAGGCCAACAGGCCCACCAGCCCCAUCAGGACUCAGUCCAUGUACAGGCCCACCCCACAGCGCAAGCCUCCACCCAAACCCUCUGGAGCCAACAUUUAUAAGUCAUCUCUCCUGAGUGCGGAGCCUCUUCUCCCCCCACACAACUUCCACUCCCACAGCCUGCGCAGACUGCCCAUCUACCAGCCCUUACACAUCAGCCAUCCCAUGCCGGUGUCUCUGAGCGUGGGCCAGCCCACUCUGCCUCCUCUCCCAGCCCACCACCGGGUCCUGCCUGUCCACACGGCCCUCUCACCACCUCGAGUGCCACCUUUUCUCAGUCUGCCACGCCAGCAGUCAUCGUACAGAGUAAACCAGGACUUUGAGAAACCCCGUCCACCCCAGAAGCCCCUACCUGCAGACCCACUAGGGAGGAGCUCUCGGCUGGGUCACAGCGUCACAGCAGCAGGGGUCCGCAUCCUCGGAACUGGACCCCUCCCCAUACCUAUCCCCACUGUGCCCAGGCCUCCACCCAGCAUCCCUUUACCCAGCAGACCUGUGCCGAUGUUGCCCUACAGACCACCAAAGACUCAUAAGGACAGCUGAGCUCUUGACGUCAUGGACGCGUAGAUCUCCCACCAACAGAAGGAGACUUUCUUGAUUUGCACUAAUUACUGAGACUCUGUGAGACCUUUUCGGACAGUCGGAAGUAUCCCAGAGUUUCCAGUGAAAGGGGGCUGACAUCACACCUCGGUGCUACGCCUCUAAAAGGUGCUUUUGUUGUCCUCACUCAGGUACCAAUGAACUAUUUAUCUAUUUAACUAUUUAACUGCGAUAUCACCACUUUGUGCACAGGACAUCAAGAGUGAUUUUUUCCCCAGUGGAAAAGUUUAGAAAAGAAGGAAACAUGGUGUAAUUUAGAAUAUUUUUUUUGCAUUCUUUGGUGACUUUUAUACUUUUUUUUCUCAAAUGAAAUGCUGAAAUAUAUCUGAUGUUUUUUAUAACCAGUUAAGUUGCUUGAAUAUUUGAAGCGCAAAAGAGUUUUUGUUUUGGACUAAAAUGAAGAUAAAGGGAAAUGGAGCACAACUCGGCACAUUGUCAGUGUAGCGUGUGAGCCGUGGAGCAAUGCUAUUUAUUCAGUUUUUCACAUUUUUAAUGAUGUAUUCAAUACCAAAUACAUCUUUUCUAUCCAUGUUGCCACGGUGCUACAAAUUAGAUAUUAAUCAAAUCUUUUUUUUGGACUCAUAUUGAACCCUCACACUACGUUUUUAUUGUGGGAUUAAUCCGAUCAACUCAUUUUACCGCCUCACAGUCAGGCACUUUUAUUCCCUUAUAAAUUCAUUUUUGCGGAAAAGUACUAAACAGGAAAAGUACUUUUCACACAUUUCAGACUGACACACUGCUCGGGGCAUGUGUUGGACGCUCCACAUGUUCUCCUGAUAACUGGCAGACGCUUGCGGAGUCUCGACAGAUUCGACAGACUGAUUGUGUUCCAGAGAAUUACACCAACACCAAAUAAUUCAGCAUUAACUCUGGUGUUUGUAUGUUUAACGUUCACGCUCACUUUGUCCUCGAGUGUGCGAGCCAAGCUGGAUGACUUCAGCGCUGUGAGCUCUCCAAGCUCCCCCUCGACCGUGUCCAAAUAGAUGUUUUACCGUAUCUGUCCCGUCUUUUUCCGCCUUCACAACAUUCCAUUUGGAUUUUGUAUGGCUUUAAUAUUCUUGAACUCUGAGAUUAAUCACGCAUUCACAGCAUCGUUCAUCAGAUUCAGAGCUUGGCGUUGCACUUUGAGUUUUUUGCCCUUGAUGUUAUUUGUUGUUGACUUGCUGUUAUACAAAGGAGGGAUUCAACUGGUAAAAACUUCACAGCGCACUUCUUUUCCCUACGUCAGCGUGUCCAGAAUGAUUGAAGUCAGUAAAAACCCUCCAUACCUGCGUUGCAUUCGUGUACAGAAGUGUGCAAGUAAUGCUUUUUCUUGUUUUGGAAGUGUUCAGAUGUGUUCGACAGUCAGAGUAACCGCUCUCCGCUGGAAAAUAUUUGUUUGUGCUGUGUCGAUUAGUCGUUAAAUGUUUAUGCCAUUUGUAAAUCCUAAAUGUAUGUUUUUAUUUCCAUAACUGUAAUAUGUUUAAAAGCCAUUGUAAAGUGUAAAUAUUGUAUGUCAGUUAUCAUUUCUGUUCUUUUUUGAGACGAGUCUGAUUGCCACCGCCGCGGAGGGGUGUUCCUGUAGAGCUCGACUGGAACACCCACUGUUUUGAUUGGCUCUUAUGUGUUACAAGGACGCACACUUUUUCUUCUUCUCUACUUUCUCAACGCACAGUUCAUUCUGGCUGUUAUUACCGUACGUCCUUCAUCAUAAAGACACAAAAAAAAGGCAGCAGACAACAGUAAACUAAGAUGAGCAGUAAUCCUAUGUUAUGACUCGGUCAAUAAUUAUCUUCUGUAGGCUAUAUGAGGACAUUUGGAUGUGCAUAAUAGCAGUUCAAGCACACAUAUUUGGAUAUUGUGAAUUUCUGUUCAGCCACCACGCCGACAGCAGAAAGGCCAGGCAUACCCGAGAUUUGUCCCCAGUAUCCAAGGCAGCUCCUUCCUUUAAAAUCCCGCUAUGUAGCUAAAAAAGGAAUUCACAUUUUACUACGAGCAUCAUUACAUUAUUAGCUUCGGUGGAUGUUUAAUUGCAUGCUGGAAGCUAGCUUUGUUACGGUCAAAUUGGUACAAAUGACCUAUAUUAAUGUAACACUAAGCAAUUACUUAGCUUAGUUUGUCCCACUUGUUUCAUCAAAGUCACAAAUAAUGGUGAAAUGAUUUAAGAAUUUUAGUUAAAUCAUACUUAGAACCGAAUGCAUAGCUACUGAUUUGACUGACACGAACAGGACAAUAUAGUUACUGGGCAAAAAAAGAAGUCAGUAGCUACGUGGGCGUUCCUGUUCUACAUAAACCAAUAAUCAAUCAAUAAUCAAUAAUAAUAACCCCCUCCCCCACGGCUGCAAUCAGACUCUAAUGUCUUUUUUUAUUUUUUUUUACAAGCACAGUAAUAUAAGAACUGCUUUGAGGUCGUGCCCCGUUCACACUGGGUGGUGAAAACAUGAUUUUGAAGAUUGCAACCUAUAACUUGUAGGCCAGAGACAAAUGUUUCAGGAUAACAUUUGAAUCGAGAGAUUUUAUUGAUGAAAUCAGAGCCAAAUAAAAGUUCCUCUAUGACUGUUCAUAA